AUGAACGCUAGCGACUCGACCCGCAAGAUGUGGCCUGUUGACUUUGAGCUCGAAUACGAGGUCAAGCUCUACUCCGCUCAGCUUGAGACUGCGCUGCACGUCCACAACACGUUCACGAAGCCAAUUGACUUCCAUGCGCUACUGCACAACUUCAUUUACGCUCACGAUGUGCGCGACAAUGGUGUGUGGAUUUCAGAACUGAAGGGCCUCGAAUACUUCGAUAAGGUCUCCAAGACGAACAAGACUGAAAUACGCGACGCCUUUGGCUUGACGGCACAGACAGACAGCAUUUACAAGAAUGCCCCCAACAAGGUGCGUGCUGACAUGAGGGGAGCCCACUUUGACUACACCAUCGAGGUCGAGAAGGAGGGCUCGAUCGACGACAGCAACAACGCCUCUGCAACCAAGACCGAUGUGGUCAUCUGGAACCCAUGGGCUGACCGCGCCAAGACAAUGGACGACUUCGGUGACGAGGAGUACAUCAACAUGGUAGCCAUCGAGCCUGGUCGUGUGAGCGAGAAGCUGGUGCUUCCGGCUGGAGAGACGUACACUCUUCACCAGACCAUUUCGGUCCAGCGCUUUUCUUAA